CCAACAUCCUACACAACAUUCUGGCUCGUCUGUACUGCGUCUUCUGCCUUUUGCUUCACAGAUCGGUGCACUUGAACUCUGCGAAUUCCGACUUGGUUGAAGCUCUCUAAAUCACCUCAAUCACAAUUAUGUCGUCCCCAUUCUCAAUAAAUGGCGGCGCCUGCGUUGCCAUGGUGGGCAAGGACUGCGUUGCUAUCGCCUGCGAUCUCCGUCUAGGCAUGCAAGCCCUCACCGUCUCCAACAACUUCCCCAAGAUCUUCCAGUACGGCGACGUAUACCUGGGCCUGACAGGACUCGCCACCGACGUCUCCACCGUUUCCGAUCUCUUCCGUUACAAGGUCAACAUGUACCGGCUCCGCGAGGAGCGCAACAUCUCUCCCCAAACCAUGGCCAACCUCGUCAGCUCAACGUUGUAUGAGCGGAGAUUCGGGCCCUAUUUCGUGUCGCCAGUGAUUGCGGGGAUCAACCAGACGACGGGAAAGCCCUUCAUCUGCGGAUUUGACAGUAUCGGGUGUAUCGACUUCGCCAAGGACUUCAUCGUCAGUGGUACUGCAAGUGAUCAGCUGUUUGGCACAUGUGAGGGCCUGUGGGAACCCGACCUGGGUCCAGAAGAGCUGUUCGAGACCAUCUCCCAAGCGCUGCUGAACGCUGUGGAUCGUGACGCUUUGUCGGGUUGGGGUGCACACGUCUAUAUAAUUGAGAAGGGCAAGGUCACUAAGAGGCUAUUGAAAGGGCGACAGGAUUGAGGAGCAGGCAAGAUUUCAAUGGCAAGGAAGCAGCAUUGGCGCAUUUGGGCGUUCUCUCCGUGGUGAGGGGCAGACAUGACUUCUAAGGUUUAACAUAUGACUCUGGCAAGAAGGCACAUGUGCUCGUACUGAACAUUUGUUUACGAGCAUGAAGGGAUAGUUUAGCUGCAAUAGAAGGCUUUGCUAUCCAAUGCGAUUCAUGUAGCUUAUCGCUCUGCUGGAUCUGUUCCAACUCUGGCUCAAGACGUUCCACGCGCAGCGUUCGAAUCGAGCACCGCCCGCCCUGAGGACAGAAACAAAGGUACUCUAUCUCCUAAAAUACAAGGCCUAUUUUCUCCAACACAACAACGUAGUGUAGCUGAUGAGAU